AUGACAUCAUUUGGAGCAUCUAAAAUUUGCGAUCUCUCAUCUGAUUGUCGUAAUUUUGAAACAACAUUUAAAAUUCUAGGCCAAGUGUACCAUAAAAUUGGAUCAUUGAUGCCAAUGGCAAAUGAAGAUCCAAAAUUUCUCCAAAUCUACUUCAUGGGCAGUUGUGAAGAACGUGUGACAACUCGAUGCCAAUAUAAUUUUAUUGAACACGCAGAAGAGAGAGCAAUUGUAGUAUUGUUGGAAAUAUUUUUAGAGAACCGUAAUCAUCUGGUUCAACUGUUCAAAAGAGUACCACCACAAUUGAAAAAUGACAAUUAUCAAAUUGUCAUCAAAGCUGACAAAAAAACAUCAGAAGAGCACGCUGGCAGAUUCAAUGCGCCAACCGUAGAUGAAGUUGCUAUUGUUAUGGUCGGUGAUCCAGUUGACAACAGAUCUAUUAAAAUUACACACCGAGAUAAUACAAAAUUCAUGAAUGAUACUAUUACUGAUGUCGAUGGUUAUCCGUUGUAUCGCCGUAGAAACGACGAUGACUGUGGUGGUGGUAACACAUUUAAAAUAAGAACGUCAAAUUCUAACCAAUUAGAAAUUGACAAUCAAUGGGAGGGCAGUGAUUUAGCCAUGUUUGGAAUACAAAACAUAAAUGAAAAUGACGAAAUAGCACGAUACCAAAUGGGCAAAUACAUUAGCAGCAACGAAGCUAUCUGGCGUAUACUUAGUUUUCCCAUACACCACAGAGAACCAUCUAUCCAACAUCUUGCAGUGCAUCUUGAAAAUAGUCAACGUGUAUAUUUCACUGAAGAGAAUGUUUUUCAAAGAGCAUUUGAACCACCAAAAACGACGUUAACUGGAUUUUUCUCACUUUGUCAAAAAACUGAUGCCUUUGGCCAAUUCGCAAGAACAUUAUUGUAUACAGAUAUUCCAUGCUAUUUUACAUGGAACAUGUCAACUAAAAAAUGGGAGCCACGUAAAAAAAGAGAACCACAUCCUUCUAUAGCAGUUAAUGGUCGAGUGUUCAGUACGUAUCAAGAUGCAUGUCGUGAGUUGCAACUUUUAGAAGAUGAAAAUCAUUGGGAUCUGACACUUGCUGAUGCAGCUUUAACGUCUCGCCAAGUUGUAUUCGUCAAUUAUUUGCCAUCAAUGAAGCAUUGA